CUCCGGGCCCUGUGAUCUCUGCCCCGUUUCCUCAUUCUUGCCCCAGAACCCGCUCUGACACCGACCCGGAGACAGCACCGAGUCUCACGCUCAGGCUCCAGCGACCUCAAACUAUCAGAAAAAACUUUUAACAAAGUAGAGUGCUGUUUAGGUUUCUACUCGGCUUCCACCGGGGAAAAGACAGACACACCUGCCGCUGCUCACCUGUCGGCGCCAUGACAGCGCGACGCUAUUACGGUUAGAGGAAAAAAAAAAAAAAAGAAAGAAAGAAAGUCAAAGUGACGGCGAAUAAAAAAAAAAAAAAGGACGGACGGACAGAUGGAUUCACUGGAUUCAGGAGAGAAGUUCAGUCCCACUCGGGAUCGUGACUGGGGUGCAGACCUACAGUUUCUGCCGGCUACAGACUCCAAGCAGCUGGAGAAGAAACUCUAUGAAAAGAAGCGGCUGUGGAUCGGAGUCGGCAUGCUGAUUUGUGCUCUGGCUUUGAUGACUGGGCUGCUGGUCUGGCACUUUAACCACCGCGACGGCGUCAAAAUGAAGAGAAUUUAUGUCGGCGCCAUGGAAAUCAGCGACAAGCACUUCCUGCCAGAGUAUGAAGAUCCCAGCAGCUCCGAGUUUACUGAGCUGGCUGCUCAAGUCGGCCAACAGCUGAAACUGAUUUACUCCAAAAACUCAGUGCUGGCCAAAUACUUCAACCGCUCCAGCGUCCAGGCCUUCAGUGAGGGCAACAGCGGUGAUAAUGGCAUCGUGGCGUAUUACCAGUCAGAGUUUGAUGUCCCCGCCCCCCAGCAGACCUCACUGGAUGAAGCCGUCAAGUCUCUGGAGCCUCCAGAAGAAAGUGCGGGGGGCCGACACGGGCGACUGCUGCUGAGACCCAAAGACUCUCUGAGUGUCAACAGCGUCAUAUCACAAGUGAUAGAUCCACGCUUGACCCGGACGCCGUUAUCUGAGAGGAAGUUCAUUGAUAUCCACGUCAGAAGUCCCGGGCAUGUUGAUUCUCCGGGUUUUCCAGACUCUCCGUACCCUUCAAACGCCCACAUGCAGUGGAAAUUUCGUGCCGACCCGGGACACCGAAUCCAGCUCGACUUCCAGGACCUGAUCCUGGAGGACAACUGUCAGCGAGACUUAAUCAAAAUCUUCGAUUCGCUGGCUCCCAUAGAGAAACGCACGCUGACAGAACAGUGUGGAUACCCUCACGGCUCACUGUCCUUCAUCUCCUCUGGAAACGUCAUGUUACUGAUGCUGGUCACCAAUGAGGACAAAAACUUCCCCGGCUUCAGAGCAGACUACUCCCAGAUUCCUCUGACUGACCUAAACUGUGGUGGCACAUUGACUGGAGAAAAAGGCUCCUUCACUUCACCGUUCUUCCCCUCCAAUUACCCUCCUCAAACCUCGUGUGUCUGGAACAUCGAGGUAGCAAAGGAAAAGUUUUUGAAGUUUCAGUUCAACAAAUUCUUCGUGGGAAAUCAAACUGAGCAGUGCCUCCACGAUUAUGUUGAAAUCAACGGUGAAAGACUGUGUGGCAGUGACUUAAAGAGCACAGUGCUCACCAUCAAAAGCAACAAAGUUACCAUUGAGUUUAACUCAGACUCCUCCUACGUGGACCAGGGCUUCGCUGCUGAGUACGAGGCCUUCACCCCAAACAAUCCUUGUCCGGGAAGGUUCCAGUGCAGCAACAACCUCUGCAUCAACAAGACCCUGCAGUGUGACGGCUGGAACGACUGUGAUGACGGCAACGAUGAGGCCAACUGCAAGUGCGAUGCGUCUCAGAUACUGUGUAAAAAUGGUCACUGUAAACCAAAAUUAUGGCUGUGUGAUGGGCUGGAUGACUGCGGAGACAACUCGGAUGAGGAAAACUGUGUAAAAUGCAAAGGGCAGUUUUCCUGCAAAAAUGGCCGCUGCGUUCCGGAGAACUUGAAGUGCAACGGCAAAGAUGACUGCGGUGACGGAUCUGAUGAGUCCAGAUGUGAAAAAUCUCUGGUACUGCAGCAGUGUUCAGAGUUCACCUUCCGCUGCAGGAACGGACGCUGCAUCAGUAAACUGAACCCGGAGUGCGACGGAGAGCCGGACUGUGAGGACGGCUCUGAUGAAGCUGACUGCGAGUGCGGGAUAAGGCCGUACCGCAGCUCUCGCAUCGUGGGAGGUCAGGCGUCUCAGGAGGGCGAGUGGCCCUGGCAGGUCAGCCUCCACUUCAAGGGAAUGGGACAUGUGUGUGGAGCCUCUGUGCUGAAUAACCGCUGGCUGCUGACCGCUGCCCACUGCGUCCAGGACAAAGACAAACAGAAGUUCUCUCAGGCUGACCAAUGGGAGGCACUACUGGGGCUUCACGAGCAGAGUCAGACCAACAAGUGGACGGUGAGGAGGGGCGUGAAGCGGAUCAUCGCUCACCCGGACUACGACCAUCUCUCCUACGAUCACGAUAUCACUCUGAUGGAACUGGACGCUAACGUCAACCUCAACCAGAACAUCUGGCCCAUCUGCCUGCCCUCCGCCACACACGACUUUCCAGAAGGCGAAGAGGCUUGGAUCACUGGCUGGGGGGCUACCAGGGAGGAAGGCCUCAGCGCGAACGUACUGCAGAAGGCGGCCGUGCGGAUCAUCAACAGCACGGUGUGUAAGAGUCUCCUGGAAGACUCGGUCACCGACAACAUGCUGUGUGCUGGAGUCCUGAAGGGAGGCGUGGACGCCUGUCAGGGUGACUCUGGUGGACCCCUGUCUUUCACCAGCCCCAAGGGGCGAGUCUUCCAGGCGGGUGUGGUGAGCUGGGGCGAAGGCUGUGCUCGCAAGAACAAACCUGGCGUCUACACCCGAGUUACCAAAUACCGCGACUGGAUCAAGGCAAAUAGCGGAGUGUAGGGGUGGGAGGGUGCACGGGUUCUCUGGAUUUAUGGGUAUUUCUCUUGGAUAUUUGACACAAACGCCUCUGCAUGGAUUUCCUCAGCAGUGCAACACAAAACUCUGCAACAGCCAACAUCAGCUCUCGUUUUUUUUUUUACUUCCCUGCAGUAUCAUAUCUGUUACCUAACAGUGAAAUGCCUUUCAAAAUACAUUUAUUUACAUGAUGCAGGUAUGAAGCUUGAUGGAUUAAGUCUGAAUCAUUUGUUGGGUGUUUGUUGCCUGCAGCUGACUGUGAGUCAGAUUUUUUCCUUUGACUUUAACCGAAACACGAGGACAAUGAGCACAUUUCCACACACAGCAGCUCUAAUUUGAUCCACACCUGGAGUCUGAUUGUUUGGCUUUUCUCUGUGACAGUUUUGGGAUGCAGGUGAGUGUGUUGUUGUGAAUUGUGAGUCCCUUAUAUCAGAACGUCCCACAGCUGCCUGUCGUUGAUCUGAAGCUGCACUCUUACCUGUUAUUUUUGUCAGGAUAUUACUCAGUUCUGCUCUCGUGUGCGACCCGCUGAACUGCGCUGCUGUUGGUUGUUUGUGAAAUGUGUGUUUGUAAAUCUAACCACACGUCUUCCUUGUGUGACGGUGAGCUGCUUGUAAAUAAUGGUGCUUGAAACAUUCUCAGGGCAAAAUGGAAACUUUGUGACUAUAAACAGCUGCGUACAUAAAAACUGCAAAUAUCUUUGAGGCUCAGGAUUUUUUGAAUAUAUUUAUUUUUUAUAUCUCUGGGUUAAUUAUCAUCAGCUCACCCAGUGCUGCAAAUACUUAAUUUGGAGUAAAAGUUCUGCUAAAGGUGUAUUUUUAAUUUGAAGUAAAAAUGAGGAGCAGACCUGCUGUAAACGAUCAGGUGGGAACUUUUAUUGUAGCUUCACAAAAUUAAAUUCAGUUUAAAUUUGUUCCAGCUGAGCAUAAAAAUGCAGCAAAUUUAAAAUUCAAAGAAAAGCUUUACCCAGUACUCUGUCUUUAAAAAUGUAUACACUCAAAAUAAAUGCAUUUGAUUGUUGAAAUGAUAAAAACUUUUAUGAAAUAUUAAUUUUUUUCUAUAAAUUAUAAAUAUUUUGGAUUAGAAUAGUCAUUAGCUAAUAGGAAGUAGUUGUAGAUCUGCAGUAGAAAUUGACUUUAAAAAGUUUUGUAUUUGUAAUUUGAAUUUUUUGGGUUAAUUUUGUGUGUUUGUGCUGGUUUUUUUGUGCUGUUCUCUCUGAGCGACGAUGCAUUAAAGCAGCUGUUCUUACACUCAUUUUUGUAUUUGUGCUCUCCUGCUGGCUGUUUUUGUGUGCACAGUGUGCGUUUGUCCAUCUUUUUAUCCUAAACAUACUUUUAAUGAAUGAAUGCUUAACAUUGAAAGAAAUAAUAACAAUGUCAGACCAUAGCAAUAAUCUGCUUCAGAUUUAUUAUCUCAGAUGUAUUGACUGGACUUUAUUUCUAUGGCUAAAAUGCAGGAAGAAAAUGUGGCUGCAGUUUUUUGGCCUAAAAAAAAAUGUUUUUGAAUUUUUUUUUUUUUUUUUUUUGUCUUUGUUUACAUUUUAAGCUCUAAAAAUC